AUGCUUCGCCUCACCGACUUAGGUUCCAUGAAACCUCGCGUCUUACCUCCGGGACAAAAGGACGACCGCGACGAAGACCUCCGCGGCGUCGACGAUGUCUUCAACAACGACUACGACGCACAAAGCAACACCAACACCAUCUCCCCACAGAAGCACAAUAGAGACAAAACCACGCACACCAACCAACCCCCCUCACAUCUCCUCCUCCUCCCCGCCGAACUCCGCAACAAGAUCUACAACUUCGUCUUCCUAAACACCACCAUCAACAUCAACAAGCUCCUCGUCAAAAAAGACGUGCUCGGCCGCUACCCCAGCGUCCGCGCCAUACUUUACACCUGCCGCCAGAUCUACGUCGAAGCCAGCGCUUUGUCCUUCACUCUGUGUACCUUUGUCCCUAGCUACUUCGCGCUAAGGUUCUUUGCGUCGUCUAAUCUGCCUGCAAGUGGGUUUGGGAGGGUUGAGAGGCUGUGGUUGACGGAGGGGAAUGGGCGGGCUAUCAUCGAAGGACAGGAUGAAAUGAAGGGUGCCUAUCUCAAAGAAUGGUUUGCUUCAUUAAAGCUCUUGGAGAUAGAAGUAUGGCGUCUGAAAGUUAACCUGACGGACGCUCAGGCAAAAGAGAAGGUGAGGGAUGCGUUUGGGCUGCCGGAUCUGCAUGUUGUGGGGAGGCGCAUAGGUGAGGAUGGGGUGGUUUCUGGUUGA